ACUACUUACUAGUCGGCCGUCGCUCAGCAGGGCAGACCCGCCUCAGUAUCUCGGCCUUCGUCUCUAUUCAGUCUAUAUUCAUUCACAGCCUUCGUCUGUCCCACUCCCACAUAACUCAUCCACGGCUUUGUCUAGCACUCCAUUAUCUCUCUGUGCUGGCGAUUUGUAUCUAGAAAGGCAGAACUUUUGCAUAGUCUCAGUCUCUUGUGAUUCAUAGUCCAUGGCUAAAGAAACCCAGCUCCUAGAAUCUGGAGGAGGCUUAAGAAAGAGGCAGUUUCUUAAAGGGCAUAAUCAUAAGAAGUCAAACAAAAAACCAAAAUUGAUGCCAGUACCCCAGGCGCAGAAGAAAGUUAAAAUGGACAAGAAAAUGAAGAAACUUAUCCGCAAGCGAGCACGGGAGUAUAAUUCAGACGAUGAUGGAGCUGGUGGUGAUAUUCAACCAGGAAUUACUGAUAAAGAUAUUGAAGAGGAAGAUAAAGAAAGUGAUGAAUCCUCUGAUGAUGAGGAAGCAAGAGGACAAGAUGCUUGGAACUCAACUGUGAGUGAUAUGAAUAAUGAUGUUUCUGAGGAUGAAGGAGAAGAUGUUGAGAUUCAGCCAGGAAUUACAAAAUUUACCGAAGGUUGUAGAGCAUUCAAGAUGGCCUUCAGGAGUAUUAUGAAGAAGAGUGUUUCUGAGGACUCAUUGGGUCCAGUAUUAUCAGGGCACAAAAAACUUAUUGCAGACAAGCUUGCUGAAGAGGAGGCCGAACGCCAUGCCAACAGAGAGGCAAAGAAAGAAAAGAAGAUGUUGGCAGAAAAAGGGCAUGUCAAACCUGCUAAUUAUUUGGAUUCACAUGAAAAGUUUCUAUUAAGUAUUGCCACAAAAGGAGUGGUUAAGUUGUUCAAUGCUGUCAACAAGGCACAAACUGCUCAGAAAGGGUUGAAUCCUUUAAGGAGUAAAGAUGCAAAAGAAAUAAGAAAUCGGACCAAAGAAGCGUUUUUUUCAGAGCUAGGCAAGCCAUUGUCUGCAACAAGCACAUCUGGAAAGGUUCAAGCGAGCACAGAAAAACUGGAAGUUGAAGAGCCUGCUUGGGCUCCAUUGCGAGAUAAUUACAUGCUGACAAAUUCAAGAUUGAAAGAUUGGGACAAAGCUUCUGAAAAAGUUGCAUCAGAUGACAUUGGGAAAAUGUCCGAAGAUAGCAGUUCUGAUGAAGAUUAGUUUUGAACUUGACUGAAACACUUCAGUGAGAUAGUCUCAAUGGGUAUUUUGUCGGCAUUUGAAAAUUUUAUCAGUUCAACAUUAUAAUUGGCAUGAUUUUUACCCAUCAAUUUUGUAAUUAGAUGCCAUGUGUAUUUUAUCUUGAGAAGGGAUGGAGUUGCAUUUUAGGUCUA